AUGGUGUCUGUAAUCCUAACUCCUAAUGCAGACUGUGAUCCUAGCCCUAACGCAGAGUGUAAUCCUCACCCAAAUGCUGUCUGUAAUCGUAACCCUAAGGGUAUCUGUAAUCCUUACCCUAAUGGAGUCUGUAAUGCUAACACCAAGCGUGUCUGUAAUCCUAAUCCUAAUGGUGUCUGGAAUCCUAAACCUAAUGCAGACUCUAACAUUAACCACAAUGCUGUCUGUAACCCUAACCCUUAUGCUGUCUGUUACCCUAAUCUGAAUGCUCUCUGUAACCCUUACACUUAUGGUAUCAGUAACCUUAACACUUAUGGUGUCUGUUACCCUAACUCUAAUGCAGACUGUACUCCUAACCCUAAUGAUAUCCGUAACUUUAACCCUAAUCGUGUCUGUAAUCCUAACCCUAAUGCAGACUGUGAUCCUAACCCUAACGCAGAGUGUAAUCCUCACCCAAAUGCUGUCUGUAAUCCUAACUAUAAUGCUGUCUGUAAUCGUAACCCUAAGGGUAUCUGUAAUCCUAACCCUAAUGGAGUCUGUAAUGCUAACACCAAGCGUGUCUGUAAUCCUAAUCCUAAUGGUGUCUGUAAUCCUAAUCCUAAUGGUGUCUGUAAUCCUAAACCUAAUGCAGACUCUAACAUUAACCCAAAUGCUGACUGUAACCCUAACUCUAAUGAUGUCUGUGACCCUAGCUCUAAUGUUGUCUGUAAUCCUAACCCCAAGGGUGUCUGUAAUCAUCCUAAUCCUAAUGGUGUCUGUAAUCCUAAUCCAAAUGGUGUCUGUAAUCCUAAACCUAAUGCAGACUGUAACCUUAACCCAAAUGCUGACUUUAACUCAAACUCUAAUGAUGUCUGUGACCCCAGCUCUAAUGCUGUCUGUAAUCUUAAUCCUAAUGGUGUCUAUAAUCAUAACCCUUAUGCACAUUGUAACCAUAACCCUUAUGCUGUCGGUUAUUCAAACCCAAAUGCUGACUGUAAUCCUAACUCGAAUGCUGUGUGUAAUCCUAACAGUAAUGCAGACUGUAAUCCUUACCCUGAUGCUGUCUGUAAUCCUAACCCCAAGGGUGUCUGUAAUCAUCCUAAUCCUAAUGGUGUCUGUAAUCCUAAUCCAAAUGGUGUCUGUAAUCCUAAACCUAAUGCAGACUGUAACCUUAACCCAAAUGCUGACUUUAACUCAAACUCUAAUGAUGUCUGUGACCCCAGCUCUAAUGCUGUCUGUAAUCUUAAUCCUAAUGGUGUCUAUAAUCAUAACCCUUAUGCACAUUGUAACCAUAACCCUUAUGCUGUCGGUUAUUCAAACCCAAAUGCUGACUGUAAUCCUAACUCGAAUGCUGUGUGUAAUCCUAACAGUAAUGCUGUCUGUAACCCUAACCCUUAA